UGGCCCCACCCCUCCACCCCUAGGCCUCACCUGCCAGCGGCCACAGCAUGUGGCGCCUGUUGCUCCUGCAAGGGCUGUGUGCUCAGCUGGUCAGCCCUGUGGAGCCCCCCAUAGCCGUGGGCUCACAGCUGCCCAUGGACAGUGGGGGCUUCAAUCGUUCAGCGGCCAGUGCCUCCGCUCCCCAGGAGAGAGAGUGGCCGGCGGGUCUCCAGGGGCUGCUGCGUUGCAGGCCUGGGUGGUGGGUCGCCCUGGAAACUGAUUAUGAUGCGGGGCAGUGCCCGUGGGCCACCACAGGGGCCAGCCCUGAGUGUGAUGUCCAUGUGGAGUGGACCAAUCCCAGGGGAGCAGCCGAGGAGGAUGCAGGGGUGUGUGCUGCCCGGCUUCCUAGCUGGCCGUGCUGGUGUGGACAGAUCUCACUGGAGCCUCCUCCCCUCGGCGCCCUGACCGGUGCAGGGGCCGAGAAGCUGAUCCGCCACCUGCAUGCUCACCGGGUGGCCAUCGCUGUGGCCACCAGCUCUGGGACCAGCUCCUUUGAGUCAAAGACCUGCAGGCACAAGGACUUCUUCCGCCUGUUCGACCACGUGGUUCUGGGUGAUGACCCUGAGGUGAAGAACGGGAAGCCGGACCCAGACAUCUUCCAGGUCUGCGCCCAGCGGUUCUCUCCUGCUGCUCCUGUGGAGAAGUGCCUGGUCUUCGAGGACGCCCCCAACGGGGUGGAGGCGGCCCUGGCGGCCGGGAUGCAGGUGGUGAUGGUCCCGGACACACACUUGAGCCGAGAGCUGACGACCAAGGCCACGCUGGUGCUGAGCUCCCUGCAGGACUUCCGGCCCGAGCUCUUCGGCCUCCCGCCCUACGAGUGAGAGUCGCCGGCCGAGCCCCCUGCUUUCGGGGCCACCCCGCUGUGACCCCACAGCCCUCCCCCACGAGGUCCCCGUGAACCACGAUCUGACACGGAGAGAAAGCAGAGCAGAGACGGCCCCGGGGCGGACGUCCUGUGUGUCCCUCCCACCAUCUCAUUCUGGCCCUGUCAGAAGCACACAGUAGGGCCGCAGCUGGACCUCACGCCAGACCCACAGGUAGACGCACACGCACUUGAAUGUCAACAGGCGUGCACGCCUGACACACACGCCUGACACACCUGCCCCAGGCCAGGGCAGGCCCUGACCCACGCUCAUGUCUCCUCCUUCUUGGUCUGGCUGAAGCCCGACUGUAAGCUGCGUGUGCAUGCGUGUAUAUGCCGUGUGUAUUGCAUGUGCAACUACACUGGCCUCCCGCGCCGCGUCACACUCCUGCUCCGCUUGCCCUGCAGCUGAGAUCAGCCCGAGGAGGCUGCAGCUGCUCUGUAACCUGAGAACACCACGUGUCCUCUUGCCAGCAAGCGUCUGUCCUCCCGCUGGCCUGGCGGUAUCUCCGUGGAGGCCCAGGACGCCGCGUGGCCGUGUCUCCCUAGAGUUCCACACCCGAGCUAUUUGAGAAUGUGCCUACCUCGAAAACAUACUUCCCCCUCGAAGAGUAUUUAUUUUCCUACCACGUCCUCCGGUGCAAAUACGGUGGGAUUUCGGAGUAUGUCCUUGGUCCCACCGUGAUCUUAGUGUCUCUUGCAAGAGCUCGGAGCUGGUAGGAAACCUGCCGUGGUGCGUGUGCCUGCGCUGGAUGCUUCAGUGUGUCUGUCCCACCUGCAUCUCUGCAGAAAACCCACGUCAGCCUUCUUGGUCUCCCGUGAACGUGUGUCCUCUGUCCAGUCUCCCGCCAUCCUGCUGUCACGCCAUCCCGUUCCCGUGUCAGUUAAUCUGGUUAAAUAAAAUCAUGGGCACUUAUUCCUACAAUACAUGUCUGGGAUAUGAUUU